AUGUGUUCACAGCAGGAGGUGGAGCGGAUCUCCAAGAAGCUGGAGAAGAUGGUGCACAAGAAGAAGACGGAGGGGGCGCUGGACCUUCUGAGGGAGCUCAGCAACAUCAAGAUGUCUCUGGAGACCCUGCAGUCCACCAGAGUGGGCGUGUCUGUGAACGCUGUGAGGAAACAGAGUUCAGAUGAAGACGUUCAGAAUGUGGCCAGAGGUCUCAUCAAGUCCUGGAAGAGACUGCUGGACGGAUCAGAGGAGAAGAAGAAGGACGCUUCUCCUGUGAUGUCAUCGUCCACCUCCGAGGACAGCAGAAAGGAAACUCCCACUGGGGAACCUCCCACAAACCCGGCCCCUCCCCCUCGGGUCACCUCCUUCCCCCCCGCCCCCGUCACCAGCGACAGCGUGCGGAACAAGUGUCGCGAGCUGCUGGCGGCGGCGCUGCAGAGCGACGAUGACCACGAGACACUGGGAGUGGACUGCCAGCUCCUGGCCAAUCAGAUCGAAGAACAGAUUUUCCAGGAGUUCAAGUCCACAGACAUUAAAUAUAAAACCCGACUUCGCAGCCGCAUCUCGAACCUGAAGGAUCAAAAGAAUCCGGAGCUGCGGCGCGGCGUCCUGCGUGGAAGCAUCUCGCCCCCCCGCAUCGCCCGCAUGGGCGCCGAGGAGAUGGCGAGCACGGAGCUGAAGCGGAUCAGAGAGACUUUGACUAAAGAGUCGAUCAGAGAACAUCAGCUGUCGAAGGUCGGAGGAACUGAGACGGACAUGUUCCUCUGCAGCAAGUGUCGUGGGAAGAGCUGCUCCUACACACAGGUGCAGAUACGCAGUGCUGAUGAACCAAUGACAACCUUUGUGUUGUGUAACAGCUGCGGAAACAGAUGGAAGGCCUGUUUCUUGGGCUUCGAAGUGGCUCUGAAGGGAUUAAACGUGAUCGCUCCCAGAAGUAUUGUGUUGGACACCAGAGGAAUGUGGACAGACGAAGAGGACAAGAAGCCUCAGUCUCCUGAACGAGACAAAUGA